UCGCAAAUACGAAUCGAACCUUGCAGUGGAUUUGUCGUGUACAAGUGACCCAUUACGGCUGCCGGGUAUUUCUGUGUUGUUUCUGCUUCAAACAAAAAGAAAGUAGGGAGCCGUGGUGCUGUUCGAACAAACGCCUUAGAUCACAAUGAUGCUUGCAACCGCCGUACGCAAUCUAUCUCGUCGGUCGUUUUCGACCUCCAGGGCUGUUGCGGCACAGCAGCUGACUGUCCGAGAUGCCCUCAACGCCGCGCUGGAUGAAGAGAUGGAGCGGGAUGAAAAGGUCUUCCUGCUCGGCGAGGAAGUGGCCCAGUAUGAUGGUGCAUACAAGGUUUCUCGGGGCCUGUGGAAAAAAUACGGAGACAAGCGAGUGAUCGAUACGCCGAUUACGGAAAUGGGUUUCGCUGGUAUUGCGGUAGGCGCUGCUAUGGCUGGAUUGCGCCCAGUUUGUGAAUUCAUGACGUUCAAUUUUUCGAUGCAGGCCAUCGAUCAGGUUAUCAAUUCUGCUGCCAAGACGUUCUACAUGUCUGCCGGUACGGUCAACGUGCCGAUUGUGUUUCGCGGCCCCAAUGGAGCCGCAGCUGGUGUCGCUGCACAGCAUUCGCAAUGUUUUGGCGCCUGGUACUCCCAUUGCCCUGGAUUAAAAGUUGUCUCCCCAUAUGACAGUGAAGAUGCUAAGGGUUUACUGAAGGCAGCAAUUCGUGAUCCAGACCCAGUGGUAGUGUUGGAAAAUGAAAUGGUCUAUGGCGUCAGCUACCCCGUUUCCGAUCAGGUUUUAGACAAGAACUUCAUUCUACCAAUUGGAAAGGCAAAAAUUAUGCGUCCUGGCAAGCACAUAACCCUUGUCGCGCACUCAAAAUCCGUCGAAACCGCGAUGUUGGCUGCUGGUGAACUGGCAGGCAAGGGCAUUGAGGCUGAAGUAAUCAAUCUACGAUCACUACGUCCACUAGAUACGGAAACUAUCUUCAAGUCGGUGCAAAAGACACACCAUCUCGCGACGGUGGAGCAAGGAUGGCCUCAGAGCGGCAUUGGAUCUGAAAUUUGCGCUCGCAUUAUGGAACACGAGACAUUCUUCCAUUUGGAUGCACCGGUUUGGCGCGUUACCGGAGUUGAUGUUCCUAUGCCAUAUGCUAAGACGCUUGAAGCCGCCGCACUGCCACAGGUACCUGAUGUAGUCACUGCAGUAAACAAGGUGCUUGGUGUGAAGUAAAUGCCAAUUCUAUCUCUGGAAUUGCGUGUCUACGCCCUACCGAAAAUUUUAACAAACCGACUCUUCCUCGUAAGCACAACGCUAUUGAGGGAACUCAAUGUGUCUUCAAUAGCCAAUAGUAACUGCCUGGCUCCAAUAUAUAUUUAGUUUUGAAAUCGGUAA